GCUGUGCGCACCGACCACCCGUGUUCUGAACUGUCCCCGCUGUAUGCACCGACCACCCGUGUCCUGAACCGUCCCCGUUGUGCGCAUGACCACCUGUGUACUGAACUGUGCCUGGUGUGUGCACCGACCACCCGUGUUCUGAACUGUACCCGGUGUGUGCACCGACCACUCGUGUCCGAACUGCCCCGCUGUGUGUGCACUGACCACCCAUGUCCUGAUGGCAUGCCCGGAGUAUAGCUACCUGUGGUGCCCCUGCCCAGUGGUAGGUUGCCGCCUUUUGCCCGAGCCCCUGCCCAGUGGUAGGUUGCCGCCUGUUGCCCGAGGCCCCUGCCCAGGGGUAGGUUGCCGCCUGUUGCCCGAGGCCCCUGCCCAGUGGUAGGUUGCCGCCUGUUGCCCGAGGCCCCUGCCCAGUGGUAGAUUGCCGCCUGUUGCCCAAGGCCCCUGCCCAGUGGUAGGCUGCCACCUGUUGCCCGAGGCCCCUGCCCAGUGGUAGGUUGCCGCCUGUUGCCUGAGGCCCCUGCCCAGUGGGAGCUCGGCUGAGGCCCCAAGCCUAGGGGGGGGGGUAUUGCCUGCCUGCCGCUGAAGA